GCUGUGGCCGUGGGCCAGGCGGCACAGCGAGCAGCGGAGGCAGAUACUAGAAACAAGAUCUGUGAUGGACUCUGCAGAAGCUAAUUUCAGGAAGGUUGAUGAUGAUGAUGCCAGUAAGAGUGCUAGUAACGAUGAUGAAGACAAUGAGUUUGUGGACAGUAGUGAAAUAGGCUUAAUGCAACAGUUUAAAAAGGAAGAUGAAGAGAGCGGGAGUGCAAGUGGCAAUGAUGAUGAGAAUGAGAUCAAUGAUAGAGAAGAAAUAACCUUUAUGCAGAUGCUUAAAGAAAUGGAAGACAGACAAAAAGAAGCUGAAGACAUAGAUUACAGUAACUUUUGUAGUACCUCAAACAGUGAAGAGGUAACACAGCAGGCAUCACAAACUGAAGGCAAGGAUUUCAGAGUUCUCCAGGAUGGAUGUGACUCCCAAAGUCCUGAAAGAAUAAACCAACCUGAAUUUCUGGAGAAAUUGAAUCUACACAUUUGGACAUAUCUAUCACGAGCUGAUUACGUCAGUCUAUUAAAAGACUUCGUUGAGUCUGAAUUUUUUGUGAUAGAUGGAGAUUCCUUACUUCUCAUGUGGUUAUGCAAGGAAACAGAAUGUCUAACUUUCUUUUACCGAGUUGAAUGCUUUCUGCAUGAUUUCACUGAAAAAGGAGCAAAAUAUGUCAUUGUUUUCUUCAAGGAUGCAGAGCAGAUGUACUUUGCGUAUCCUCGUUUUCUUUUCCUGCGUACUGCAUUAAUAGAACACCUGAAGCAUAACACAGGCAUCCGUGUUCAUACAGAGUUUUCCAAUUGUUUAUCAUCAGAAUGGGAGAUUUUCCUGAAGAAUAGCUAUCCUUAUUUCAUCAUAAUAUCUGACAUAGGACUGACCUCUCUCCAAACAAACUAUUUAUGUAUCUUUAUUGCUCAUUCCUUGUCGAAGAAAAUCAACGUUGUGCUCACUUCAGGACAGGAAUAUGAUACUCUUAGAGUUUAUGGAUAUCAUCUUCAGAGUUUGUGGAAACACAGAUUAUUUUUUCAAAAGCAUGAACAGAAUCUGCGACAUGCCUGUGAAACGAUAGUCAGGUACACAGCAACAUCCCUAUGUCUCUAUGGCCAUCUCAAGCUGAGCCUGAAAAGCAUGCAAAAAGAGGUAUGCCAGACUAUUGUUCUCUUGAAACAGCUAUGGCCUGAAGGUUCUGACAUUAGGCGUAUAGUCUGUGUUCUUGCUUGUGCAGUGGUAUUAAAAAUGUACAGCAGCGUGUUGAAAAACGCAGAUACUUUCAUGGGAGCAGAGAAAGAACCAUCAGAAAGAGGAGAAAGUAAACCACUAUCUGCAGAAGAAGCAGCUGACCUCUGUAGAAUGCAGUGUCUUACAGUGAUUUUUCUUCUUCAUAUGCCUCUUUCACAGAGAGCUCAGAUUAGGAUCAUUAAAUCCCGCUGGACUAAGCGAGUUCUACCAUUAAUCAAGAUGCAUGAGUUUUGUGCGCAUUUUGUUCUGACACACCUAAGUGAUACAAAUGAUUGGAAAUUGGAUUUAACUUACCUGCCUGACUUAAAUGAUGAUUCACUACUCAGAAACCUGGCACAUUAUUAUGAGAUCGAACACUGUAAAGGAUUAAGGUUCCAAAAGGAAUUGGGGAAAGAAAUGGAGAAUGAGUACUUAUGUUUAUGGGACACUGUAACCAAGUUGGCUGUGAAAUACGAUUUCGGAGAUGCUUUCCCAGUACGAAAUACCUCCCAGCUAUUUCUUGAGCAGGAACAGCCGUUUUUUAGAGACUGUGAAGAAGAAAUUCCUGACAUAGGACUAAUCCCAGUGAAGUCUGAUCUUGUUGAAGGAUAUGCCGGAGAUGUUUUGAAAGAUCUACCUGUUGUAGAAAGCAAUGAUCCUGCAGAUACCUCAGUAAUUAAAAAAGAAUUUGAUGAGCUUCGUCACUGGCAUUCUGACAAACCUCUGACUGAGGAAUAUCAGAGAGCACAGUGUAGUGCUGAUGCAAAAUCCAAAGAUCCACAUGAGAGAAGACAAAUACAAAAGCUACAGACUUUCUAUCGUUUUUAUGGAAGCACUUUGGAAGACAGUGCCUCAAAGACUAUUGUAAACCAAGGGGCUGUGCCAGUGAGUGCUAUUACUGCUGUCAAAAAGACAAAAAAAACACAUAAAAGCAAAGCAGAAAUAAUUGCAGAGGAAAACAAGAAGCGACUAAAGACUAAAGAAGAACAGAAAGAGCAAGAGCAAUGGAAAGCCUUGAGUAUGUCAACUGAAAAGGAAAUAAAGCAGAAUCUGACUGUUGGAAUAAGUAAAUUAGAAAAGUUUAUCAAGACCCUUCAGAGCAAAUCUGUGAAGUUUGCUGCAGAAAUGGCAGGAUUGUCCACCUGUUUAGAAGUGUGGAAGGAGCACUGCAGAAAGCAAGGUAACAAUCCUAAAGAUUUAAGCAUAGCUGUCCAAGUGAUGAGGAGAAUUCAUAUCCUCCUGGAAAAAUACCAAGAUCUGUUGGAGAAAUCACACUUACAUAAGCUGACCAGAUGUCUAAGACUUCUUGGAUUUGAGAAUUUGGCAUGUUCUCUGUCUGGGCAGGCAAGAGAAAGUGAUGAUCAGAAUAUAAGCAGCUAUGCUACUGAAGUGGGACCAGCUCGUUUUCAGCUGCAAUAUAUGGACUAUUACUUGCUCAGAGAAGAGAGAAAUGAUCCAGAUCCCAGAGUGCAACAUUUCAUACCAGACACAUGGCAGCGAGAACUUCUUGAUGCUGUAGAUAAUAAUGAGUCUGCAGUGAUUGUUGCUCCCACCUCAUCAGGAAAAACAUAUGCAUCGUACUAUUGCAUGGAAAAAGUUCUGAAAAUGAGCAAUGAAGGAGUAGUUGUAUAUGUUGCUCCUACAAAGGCCCUUGUAAACCAAGUGGUGGGAGUUAUAUACAGUCGAUUCACCAAGAAACUUCCUGAUGGAUUGGUGUUGUGUGGAGUCUUCACACGGGAUUAUCGCCAUGAUGUCAUGAAUUCUCAGAUACUAGUCACUGUGCCUCAGUGUUUAGAGAUCUUGAUGCUGUCCCCUCACUGCCAGAAAUGGACCAAGCGUAUACAAUAUGUUAUAUUUGAUGAGGUCCAUUGUCUUGGUGGUGAAAUUGGAGCAGAGGUGUGGGAGCAUCUUCUGGUAACAAUUCGUUGUCCGUUCUUGGCCCUCUCUGCUACUAUCAGUAACCCAGAAUACCUAACUGAGUGGUUGCAAUCUGUGAAAAGGUAUUGGCAGCAUGCUGAGAAUACAAUAGAAGGAAGCGCUAAAAACUCUACAGAGAAUUUCACAGGAAAACGUAAAGUGAAAUCAAAAGUGCAAGAACAAAAAAAAUCGUAUCGUGUUAGACUAGUCCUGUAUGAAGAAAGAUACAAUGAUUUGGAAAAGCACGUGUGUUCUGUAAAGGGCACUGAUUUUGUUAUUGAACAUUGUCACCCAUGUGCUGCAUUAACAGUCAAUCACAUUGAGAGCUAUGGCAUUCCUUCAGACCUUUCUCUGUCUCCACGAGAGAGCAUCCAGCUGUAUGACACCAUGGUAAAAGUCUGGCAAGAGUGGCCAAGGGCACAGGAGCUAGAUCCUGAGGAGUUUGUCCUUUUCAAGAAUAAAGUGGUAAUAAAAAAGGUGGAUGUGAGGAAGUAUGAACAGGAGUUGAAGAAAGAACUAACCGAAUGGAUUGCAGUUAACCAAAGACAGAAGGUGCAUGAGCUACUGGAGCACCUUAAGCCCCGACCUGUGGAUUGCUCAAAAGAGGAAAAGUGGACCAAGUUUGCAUGCUUUGUUGACAAAUUACAUGAGAUGGAUAAAUUGCCUGCCAUAUUUUUUAUUUUUAGCCUAAAUUUAGUGGAACGGGCAGCCUGUAAUGUAUACUCCAAUUUGCUGAACAAACAAAAAAAUGAACAAGACCCUAAUACUGAGAGGGAAAAAGAAAAUUUAAGAGACAAACUAAGAAAAGUGAAUAAGGUGCUAAAGAAACUUCAGCCUUUUGAUACCAAAAAACUGAGUCCCAGUAAAACGGAAAGCAUAAUGCAUGUUCUGGAUGAAAAGAAACACUUAGAGAAAAGACUUAAAAAGCUUACUGUGAUCCCUUCUGUGUGUACUUAUGCUAAUUCUAAGGCUGUGGAUGAAGGUACUUUGAAGAAGAUCUUUGAUCGAGUUAGGUUGCAGAGAAGAGGUUAUGAGCAGAGAAUGCUGGCACUGAGGGGCAUUGGGUAUCAUCAUGGUUCUAUGGCCUUCAGGGAAAGACAAGUAGUAGAGAUGCUCUUCAGGCUGGGUUAUAUCAAGGUAGUCACAGCUACUGGAACACUUGCUUUAGGAAUCAACAUGCCUUGUAAAUCUGUUGUCUUUGCUGAAGAUUCUAUCUUUUUAGAUGCCCUACAUUACAGACAGAUGUCAGGACGUGCUGGAAGACGUGGACAAGAUAUGAUCGGAAAUGUGUUCUUUUAUGAUAUCCCCCUGCCCAAGGUUGAAAGACUUAUGAAGUCUAAUAUACCUCAAUUGAAAGGCCAGUUCCCUCUGACUAUUUCCUUAAUACUGAGACUCAUGCUGUUGGCUGCAAAGGCUGAUGACAAAACAGAUGCCAGAGCAAAGGCAUUGUCAGUGUUGAAGCACUCACUGAUGUCCUUCAAACAAGAAAGACAUACCAAACUAUUAAAAACGUAUUUUAUCUUUUCCUUGCAGUUUCUUAUCAAAGAGGGCUACUUGGAUCAGGAAGGUAACCCCAUAGGCUUUGCUGGACUUGUGACACACUUACACUAUCAUGAACCUUCGAAUUUUGUCCUAGUGAGUUUUCUUGUGAAAGGCUUAUUCCACAAGUUGUGCCAGCCAAUUGAAGAAGGCUCAACUGAUUUUUCAGAAGAUGUCAUGGAAAAGCUGGUGCUCAUUCUAGCAAACCUGUUUGGGAGAAAGUAUCUUCCAGCUGGCACAGAGAAAUUUAAAAACAAAUUUUACCAGUCAAAGGUCUUUCUAGAAGAUCUACCAGAAGACUUUGCAGAUGCUGUAUAUGAGUACAACAGCAAAAUAGAGAAAAAUUUUGCUCAUUUUCUUCUAACAACUGCCAAAUUGGCUGAUAUGGAACAAGAAUACAGACUUCCACUGUCAAAGACAGAUUUUACAUUUAAAGCCUGGUGUGGCUCUGAACUAGCAUCUUAUUUGAUGGACAGCACCAAAAACAUAUCUGCCAUCUCACCUUUUGCAUGUUUAUCUGGAAUGAUUGAUCAGGAUUUAUUUCAUGCAACGAACAUUAAUCAAGCUGUCUUACGUUCUCUUGGUAUUAAUGUCACAAAUUGCCCUCUGCUUUACCUGGAGAAGUAUGAUGAUCAAGGAAGGAAGAAGCUACUCAAUGCUUAUGCACUUGACUUUUACAAGCAUGGCUCCUUGAUUGCAUUGACAACUGAUAACUGGUUAAAUGAAGGAGAUGCUUACUACCACCUCAAGGAUUUUUUACUCCUCAUUAAGUCUAUAAGAACAUCACUGAGUGAACUGUGUGACAAUCCAAAUGACAAUGUUCUAUUGGCAUUUCAAAAACUGGCUGAAAACUACGAAAAGAAACUGCAUGCAGUCUGAACCUUAUGGCUAGUCUGGAUAUCAGGAGAGUGAUUACCUGUAGAAACAGAAGUAUACAAUACUCCUUCCAGGCAGAUCAGCUGCCUUUCAAAUGAAGAAGUGACUAGGUCUGAGUUCUCAAAUGUAUUUCAUAAUAAACCAUAAUACCCGACACUAGUAAAUACAAGGUUUGUCUUAGAAAAUUUUAACCUUUAUAUGUUGAAAUUUUAAUGUUUUAUUGUCAAAUAAUCAUUUUUAGUAUAAUGCAGAACGAGGUAAUUGCAUGUAUUUUUCAAUCUCAAAUGCUUUUUUCAAGCAGUGAUAUAUAUGUUAAGGUAGCUUUCAGAAAUAUACCAAACAAACCUCACAGUUCUGAGGAGCUGCUCCUAUCAGUUGUCAUCAGGAUAACACUGAAACCGCUCAGCUCAUUGUGUUCAGCAGUUACUUUGGCAGUUGUAAUCAAAUUAAUUUUCUAGUGGUUCUCCAAGGUUUGUAUGGUGUUAUAAAGCAGAUUUUGUACUAUCAUAAGCCUUUAUGAAAGCUCUUAGACCACAAAAAUUUUAAGUAUAAAAAAUGAUUAUCAGUAUAAUAAAAGUUUGAUGAGUGUUUCAGCCAUGUGUCAAAUUGUCUUUUUACCUACUGUACCUUUAAGGGUUAGAAGGGAAGCAUACAGGGGGAUCUUGCAGUACUGGUCAACAGGUUCACUGUAAUACAAAAACUAUUCAGUUGAGUAAAGUGUUUCCUGUAUCCUUAACUUCACAAAAACAAGUUUCCACACCACUGUUUUCAUACAUCUGUGAAAAUUCUUUGGUUUAACCAUACAUUUUAAUCUACCUGUAGCCUAGCAUACACACAGACACCCCGACAGAUAACCUUGGAAAACUUAAGCUUUGAUAGCAGCCCUUACUGCAACACACGAUUUUAUAGUGAUGACCAAGAAAAUGACAGAAAUCAUUUUCUACUGCUAAUAGGCAAAAUGUGCAUUAGGGACAAUUCACAACCUUGUUUCUUCACAUAUUCUGUGGCGUUCACAACUGACCACCGAUUUGGACUUGAGGUUUCUUUAGACAGCGUUUAGUCAGGUGGUGUUCCUGAGCUACCGUUAAGUGACUAAACUCUUUUUUCCUUCCACAGUUUAAGCUGUGAGAAACAUAAUUACAGCAGAAAUAGGGCAUAAUGACAAGACGAUAAUGCUUUAACUCGUCUUGGAAAAGAAAAUUUACUUGAGUUAUUCUUUACUGCCUGGCAGUCAUAGCACAUGUAGCCAGAUCUUGCACAACAGUCCCUCAACUGGAGGUGAAGUGACCUAAUUUAGACCCUUCCAUGCUCAGUGUAAAUGGAAUAAUCUCUUUUUAGCUACAUCACACACGCACACACAU